CCAGUUGUAACAUCACAGCUGUCUACAGAAUAGUUCAAGUAUACGAUUGGAAUUGUGUCGACGUGUUCUAACUACUUUGAGUAUUAUUUUAAAAUGGCACUCAUCAGUAGCUGGACAUCACGCAGGACCCUGUAUAUAAAAAUGUUCUAUGCCACUCUGCUGUUAAUGUGUCUGGUGGCCGCUAGCACUGUGGAAUCGAAAGUAAUUGAUUGCAGUCCCCUUCCUGAAUGUUGCAGAACCUUUGUAUUUUCACCUGGAUGUCGAGGAGUCGCCGCCAAACGUAAUGGACCUGCAUCAAUACAAAGAAACUCACACUAUCAGCGAGAACCAAGACUGGUUUCCGUGGACCCGGACUAUGGAAAUGAUAACUUGAGCAAUUUGGCAGCAAUCGUCAAAAGCCUAGCGCUAGCCAAUGAAGACAGCAGCCCCAACCAUUUUGAAAAAACAUCACUUGAAGCCCAAUAUGAUAAAUAAUGUUACUGCAUAUCUAGUGACCGGCUAUAUCACCUAGUAUGGGAACGAAAUAUUCCAUGUUAGACUUAUGGAAAAUGGAGCAUGCCAAAAUAUAAUAUUAGGAACAUAUGAAUGUGAAACUGUAUUGCACAAUCUGUCUUCUUCAUUAAUAAAUAUAUAAAAUGGC